AUGGGAGCUCGCGUGCCCGGUGCUCUGAACGCGUCUGAGCGUGCCAUUAAAUCGGCUUUAACGCCAAACACGUCAGCCGCUGCGGCCGCGCAUUUACGGACGGGCGAAAUAAAUUCGCGAUGGGGCCCCGAAACAAAUUAUACAGUCAUUUGCGAGAGCGCUGCGCCGCGUACCAAGCCGACGCCACGGGACAAAUGUCCACUAAUUGGACGGGCAGCGCACUCCGGUCUCCGAAUCUCGUCUGAGUGCGCGAUCAAAGGCGACUCGAAGCUGCCCGCUCGUCGGUGCACGUUAAUUCUGCGCUUUAAU